CGCCAACGUCGAAGAUUAUGGGUAAGCGCAAGGCGGGGCAUAGCAUUUCGACUUUAUCCAGCAACAGUAGUCCAUGAUACAGCUGCCGUUGACGUGGAUCACAGCAGUACUGCUCGUUGGACCUGCGUCCUCUCGGCUGUAUGCGCCUCCUUCAAACUUGGUCUACCAAGCUGACACAGUUGACCUCGUGCCACGUCAUGUCGACGAAACUCGCAUGAUGGAGUUGCCACCGAUCGAUUCCAACUACCUUCAAUGGUACUGCGAGACGUUUCCGUACGACCUGAACGCUGCAGAGCCGCCAACAUUCAACUCCCCAAUCCAACAAGCCAUGUGGGCCAAAUGCAAAGCGUACUUUGACAUCCCGUGAAGACCUUUGAUAACUUUGAACCAUGUUUUUAUUGGUGAGUGGUCGAAAAUGAAGGUUGCGCCUGUGGAUUCAUUGAUUGUCCUUGGUGCAAACUGAAAUGAGACGUCACCUCGUUUUGCAACUUCAAG